CCAGAGCGGCGACACUGCCCUCGUCAGUCAUUUUCAGUCAGCAAUGGCAUUCACGCACGGGGUGGAGAUGCGACAAGUUGGGCAUGGAUCUAUCAAAUAGAUGCAGCAUCGCGUCCUCCCGGUCCACCUCCUGUGGCACUGCUGCUUCGUCGUCGUGAUGCAGACCCUUCCAAGAAGACCGGUACCUUGCUCGUUCGUGCGGCUGUCGUCGUCUUUCGCUCGUGUGGACGAGGCGUCAAGACGGCCCGCACCAACUCAUGCAGCUCGUCGGCUGCAGCUCAGAGCCACCCGCAGCCCACACGGGGCCAAGGGCGAGGGCGAGUCGCCCUGGCCGAGCCUGCACACGGUGGAUACUGUGCCACUGGACCGCAACAGGCUGCUCGGUAUGGAUGGACAAGGAGAGGGAAUCUUAGAAACACCACGCCCUCUCUGACCACAUCUGCACUGCGUGGCGUGCUUUGUGUGAUAAUCAGACCUCGCGCGGUCUCGUGGGCUGGGCAGUCGGGCAGACACCAGCCGAAGCGCCGUUCGCCCACUGCAGCGCCGACGGUUCUCGACGGUACGCACACACAUGACAGACAUGACAUGGCCUGCAAUCACUGACUGACUAAUGGUGACCAGGAGUCUGAGUGAGUCGCUGUCUUGCCUUUGACUGCAUUGCAGGCUGCUCCGCUGUCGCCGCCACCCGGCAUAACGGCGGCGUACCCCUACAGCAUGACGGAGUUCGCCGAGGCGCUCGCUGCACUCGACAAGCAGUUCGUCCAAAACUCCACUCAAGAGUAAGAAAUGUGAGCGCCCACAGCUGACACAGACAAGACAGGACAGCAAAAGAGCUGCUCACCUUAUGGUCUGUCUGUCUGUCUGUCUGUGUGGUCUGUGCAUCCAUCCAUCUCUGAGUGGUGCAGGGGCAUCCUCGAGUCCGACCCUCGAGCACAGUGGGAUGCGUCGCGGAAGCAGUAUGUGGUCAACCUGCAGAUCGUCGACACCCUGGACGCCCUCACAAGGCAGAUUCGCAGCGAUGGGGCGGCAGCGGGAAAGGAUGCCAGCCGAUGGCGGCUCAAGGCAUACAACAAGGUGGUUAUUGAGCCCACCCAUGGUGCACUCUGGUGCACUCUCUCCCUCCCUCCCCGCGUGUGUGUCCUUUGUCCUUUGUGUCAGGCGAUCGACGUGGUGCAGUCAUGUCGCAUCCCCGUCACGUCGACUGCUGUGGCCCUGGUGCUCCUCAGAGAGGCCGGCAACAAACUCAAAGGUCAGACACACAGACAGACAGACAGACAGACAGCGAGGGGACAGUACAGUGUGAUGCAUUCCGUCCCGUGGACGUUUGGAGGUUUCAGAUGAGGAGAAGUACUACAUGCGUCACGGGUGUCACCGGUCGUCGGUGCUCGAGAGGAUCAGACAGAUCAUCGCCACAGGAGCCUGCGAAGACGUCGACAUGAGCAGGUGACUCACUGACUGACGCACAGACAGACAGACAGACAGGCGGCCGCACAAGGGAGGGAGCCUAGGAUGCACGUGUGUAUAACCGUGUGACGUGCUCGCGCUGCAGGUACGGGGCCCUCUACUGAGAGGAUGUGUUGGAUGGCGAGUGACCGGGCGUAUCGUAUCGUGUCGUGGCGAUGCGACUGGGGGACUGUACGACUGCUACCGUCCGGACAGAACUCGUGUGUGUGGAUUGGAUUGGACCAUCUCAUUCCUCAUUUAAGUGAAGUAAGCGAGCC